UCUAAGAAUCUGACGAUGAAUAUGUGUUAUACAUAAUCUUUCUCUUAAAAAAAUAUCAUAUAACAUAUAUCGAAAUAAAUUUAAAAUCUCGGGCAUUAUCUCUAAUUAGACCAAUAUGUCCCAUGGACGGAAUUUUCAGCGGAACGAAACGUGCAGACCAAUCACAGCCAUUCUCUUCGUAAAAAGAAUGGAGUGGCUGUGAUUGGUUCGCACGUUCCAUUCCGCUGAAAAUUUCUGUUCAUGGGACAUCGACUUACAUUCUGCAUCCAGCAACAACCGUUGAAAUAUUAAAUUAUUACAUUAACGUUAUAUUAUUGAUAAUGACGGAUAUAAGUGACGAACAAUACUGUAAUAUAUCAUUAUGGAAGAACCAGCGCAUACUGAUAUGAUUCUACAUCAGAUUUGUGGCAGAAACUAAUCAUGUCCCAUACAUAAUUGUAACGGUCGCGCCUCCGGGCUCGGUUUUUCGGGUUGAUCCGACCCUGUGGAUUGGAUCGUUGUUUGCGAGCCGACCACAGGAGAGAUUUUUAGGUGAAGAGAAACUGGUAGCGUAAACAAUCGCCCUAAAUCAGAGAGAUCUGCCAUUAACGAAGAAAAACAACUUGAUGUUCUGCAGACAUUUAUUGAAGGUCCCAAUUCUACUAUUAACAGAGCCGCUUAAACUCACGAUAUUGCUCCCAAGUCCGUUUGGAGAAUUUUAAAGAAAAACAAGUUCCAUCCAUACAAAUUACAAUAUGUUCAAGAAUUGCAAGACGGAGAUGUGGAGCGUCGUAUAGGUUUCUGUGAAAGAAUGAUGACACUCAUAGAUGUCCGGCCCAUGUUCCCUUAUCAAAUUGUUUUUAAAGACGAGGCAACUUUCACGUUAACGGAAGAAGUUAAUAAUCAAAAUUUUCGUUUCUGGUCAGAUGAGAAUCCGAAUUGGAUGCGGGAAACUCACACACAAUACCCACAAAAAAUAAAUGUAUGAUGUGGAAUAAUAGAUACCUACUUAAUAGGACCGUUUUUUUUUUUUUAAGAAAAUCUGAACGCUCAAAGCAUGAUGGAGCUCCUGCUCAUUUUGGUUUAGGGCCACGUCAAAUUUUAAAUGAGACUUUUCCAUUACGAUGGAUAGGAAAAAGGAAUAGAAAUGAGGGAGGAGAGGAUUGACUACCUCGGUCACCAGAUCUAACUCCUCUUGAUUAUUAUCUAUGGGCACAUCUGAAGAAAAAUGCAUCAACAGCUAAUGGCGCAGCGUGUGGCACAUUAUAAUGAACAAUGAAGCAUUUAGAAGAUCAAAAACAUAAAAUAGGCAAGAAAGCUAGUACUGAUACAGGUAGUAUAUCUAUAUUGAAAGCAGUUGGUAUAAAUAAAACACAAGCUCUAAUUAAUACUAUGGAUAUAUUAAUUGAUAAACUAUCAGUUAAAUUAAAGGAGGAAAUACAGAAAAUACAGCGCAUUAAUAAUUCUCACAUUUCUGUGGUUGCGGAUGAUAUUAGUAGACAGGAUAUAACUUUAUUAAAAAAUAAGGCUUCUACACCUGGAUUAUUUAUGUCUCCCAAUAUAUACAACGAAAUGGAUAAUUUGCUCAAUGAAAUAUGUAUAACAAAAAGUAGACAGGAUUAUCUUGUUAUGCAGGAUACAUGUAACUCUUGGAUUGAGGAAAUAUAUAAAAGAGAUCAUUUUCUUUAUGAAGAGAUUAUCUUCUCUUGCCAUCAACAAAAGUUGAUAAAGAUCCAAACAAAUUUAAAGUUUUAUAUUCCAUCUGCCAAUCUAACGGUACCACAGUCCAUUACUUGCCUAGUGUGUAAUGUUGCACAUUAUCUUGAUGUAGGAAUAUGGUCUAACCAUGUUUCUAGCCCAAAACACUUCAUACAGCUUCAACAGCUGUCAAAUGAAAAAUUAAGUUUAUUAGAGCACUUGAUGAGCAAGCAGGUUGAACAUAUCAAAUGUCACCCUUGCAAUAAAGCGAUAGCUCCAGAUAUGGUCAGCAUCAACGCACAUAUAAAUCAUAUAUUACAUCGAAAGAAUUAUGAUAAAUUACUGGUACAAAUCAAGUCUUAUUAUAUUUUGUUGGAGAAGACAAUUGGAUCUCCUUAUUAUCUCUAUUAUGCUAUUGAGUAUUUCGCUUGUGUGCCAUGCAAAAGGAGAUUUAAGGGGAAAACAGGAUUUAUAAAUCAUCUCCACAAAGAACAUUCAUUCAUCGUAUCUACUAAGAAUAAUCAACAGUUUGACUUUUGUUUAACAUGCGCUAAUCUCUGGUUUGAUGGUGGGGAAUUUUCACACUCGUCACAUUAUUCAAAUCCAAUACAUUGGUACUUAAAAAACAGUGAAGACUUCAUGAUUAAGCCACUACCGCUUGAAGUAAAAAAAUUAUUGGAACAUAUCGACGGAAAUAUUACUAUUUUGUUUAAUAUAUCGAGAAAUCUAUCGGACAAAUUGAAUACAGAUCAAGUCAUCAGGGAUUUAAAGUAUACUUUAAAAUCACAUCAUUUUUCUGCGGUAGAAGUGCAUUUGUUUGGUUCAAGAUACACUGGCUUAUCAUUGUCAAAUAGCAACAUUGACAUAUGUCUUGAUUUUAGUAAUGAGCAUACUCAUCCAGAAUCUAGUGAAUCUAGUAGAAGUAAAAAGAAAUUAAUGCAAGAAUGUUUUCAUGCUAAUUGUGAUAUUUGGAAAAUAGAAGAAAUCUUGGAGCAUACCAGAACUCCCAUAAUAAAAUUGAAACACAUGGCAACGGGAAUGCAGUGCGAUGUUCAUGUUUCCUAUAUGAAUAGCCUGUCCAUAGAAAAUUCCAAGUUUAUUAAAUUUAUUAAUGAAGCAUACUUGCCCUUUCGAAAAAUGGUGCUGUUUCUUAAAAAAUGGAUGCAGUUAUGUAACUUCAUCGAAUCACACAAAAUAACAAAUUAUGCUCUCACCUGGUUAGUUAUUUUUUAUUUGCAAGUUAACCACAGAAUACCAAGCAUUGCCUCUUUGAUCAAGAGCUAUAAUGAAUCAAAGAUUAUUGAAGGCUGGAAAAUUGGUGUCGAUCACAGUAUCGCUAUCGAUGUACCGAAAUUGCCGAUGCAUGAAUUGUUGUUAGGUUUUUUCAGAUAUUAUGAAGAAUUCAAUUACAUGUCUUACGUUAUAUGUCCGUUCUUAGGUGAAGGAUAUAAUAAGUCAUUCUUGAUAUCUCACGAUAUGUAUAUUCCCGAAGGUAUAAAACCCUGUAUAGAACAACAUUUAAAUAACUUAUCUUUAAGAAAUUCUUUUCGAGUUGACUCGCCUAUAUGCGUGCAAGAUCCAUUUGAUUUUUCAUUCAAUAUAACAAGAGUUGUGCCAGCUUUAACGCUUAGAAAUUUCAAAGAAUACUGUAAAAAAAGCGCAAUGAUAUUAGAUGAAUUGCAUCUUGUUAAUCAAUACAAUCAACAAAAUAGUGUAUAAAGUUCUAUAGCUACUAAAUCUUAUAUUUUGUUUGUUAUUUUUGUAACAGCCAUGAAAUUGCAUUAAUUACGUAAAAAAGACUUAAUAUUUAAAUCUUAAUUAUUGAAAUAUUGACUGAACAAUAAUAAAAAAAGUAAAACUGCUAUUUAGAGGACUUACUUCCUAAACAGCAGCUUUUACUCAAUAAUAGAAUAUUUUUAUUCGAAUAAUAAAUUUGUGACAUUUGAGUAGUUGUUGGUGUAGAAUAAUUGUGUAAUCUUAAUCAUUCCACAUAAUUUAUGUUAUAUGAUUAUAGACUAUUUAUAUUUUAAGUAAUAUCGAUAUUUUUUAUAAUUUGUAUUUUUAACAGUUCACAUUAAGUGUACUAAAUAAGUUAUGGACAUGAUUUAUGUUAUGUUUAGUCAUAU